AUGUCACAAAACCUGUUUACCACUGCUGCUAUCAUCUCCUUCACAGCCGUGAUUCUGUUUUCAGUUCAAUUUGCUUCACAAACCGAACCGUCCAACCGGCCGGUACCCACCAUGUCGUCCUUUGCAGCAACGACCUCAAACGCCGGACAUGACACCAAUGAUCCUAGCAAAAGACGUUGCCACUGCGCCGAAAUACGGAAAGAAAACCGACUGCGCCAAGCGAUGGGACGCGAAGAGCGCUUAGUCAGCGGGUUCAACGACGCCGGACGCCUGCUCCUUAACCGCCGGACGGCUUUUGGCUUCGGCCACUGGACCACAGUCUACGGAUACCCAAGCACAGGCGGAUGCUACACGUUGAAAUGCGACGGUGUGGAACUGGACUUUCUGGGACUGAGCCGUUUUGAGCCCACGUUCAGGUCAGGGGAUCCGGACGAGGAGGAUGCCCACUGCGCACGAAUGGUGAAGCUCGGGCCGAACUGGUGGAAGAGCUUGACACAUUAUCUGGUCAAUCAGUCUUUUGAACAAGCGACGUGGGAGGAUGAUGUUGUGAUUGCUGGGUAUCCGGCCGCGGGUGGUCUCUGGCUGUUGAAGACUACGAGGGCAGAAGCGGCUGACGCCGGAGUUGCCGUGAUACACAACGCAAGGAACAUGGAGGAACGAUGCCGGCUGAUUGCAGACUGCGGCGGGAGAUUCUUCAAAGCAGCUGACAAGGUUCCAGAGCUUGUGAUUAGGAUAUACGGCGUCCACCAAGGAAGGGUCAGACAGUGA